UGCAUUUAUGCGGGUACCACUUCGAGCUGGACUCGCAAGGACUGUGGAUAGACUCGCCCAUGCUGCCCGAGCUGCUGACCUUGCAGGAGAAGGUGGCUCCGGUGCAGCAAACACCUGCUGAUAAGAAGAACCCGGCGUCCGGAGGGUACCAGAACCUAUUCGAAAAGUUCAUUGAAGAAAAACCAAAAGUGCUGGAUAUAAUACGGAUGGACCACAACUACUCCGUGGACCCGCCAAAGCACGAACCCGAGAAUGUGUCGCGUCUCAACGUGAGGCAGUUGGUCGACACGCUCGGAUAUCUGUCCCUCAAGAACCUGCAACGCAAGCAGCUGUGGGUAGUUAAAGUGGAGUCCGACAAGAGCGAAGCUUCCAUCACCCAGGCGGAACAGGUCAUCACCAAGAUGCAGGAUCCUAAGCAGAUUAUAGAGAUAGUCCCCCAAACGUCCACAUCGCCAGCCGGUGGCAGCGAAGUCCUCCAAGUGAUGGAAGACGGAACCAUCUCCGACAACUUCAUAUACGAGAUAGCUCAGGAACAGGAGAUCAGCAUGGAGGAGGUUUCCGAGAUCCCCGCCGCAGAGCACAGAGAGUGGAUGGUCAACAUCAUCCCUGAAGAAACCAAGCCUAAGUACGCGUUCAUCAAGCACUGCAACUCCGGCAAGAAGAAGCGCCAUUUCACGGCCGAUAUGAACGAGAUUACGCUGCCUGGUGAGUGCGGCAAUUUCGAGAACUACUACAUACUACCGGACGUCGACCCAUCCGUAGGCGUCGAGAUCACGACCAGCUACGAGCCAGAAAACUACAUUGUGGAGGAAUACCAGCACUUAGUUCUUGAGGAACAACCUAGGAAGCGGACCAAGGAGACCCCGGAAUCCAGCAAGAAGAAGAAAAAACGCUUCUCAGCUGUCCGAGAACAAGUGAAACAGAUCCAGAUGAGAACGGAUGAGGAAGACUGGGUGAUUGAGAAUAAUGUGGUCUACGAGCAAGAAGGUGAGGAAUAUGACACACCGAAGAAAGCUCCUCGGGUGAGACGGAAAAAUAAAAAGUUCCUCGGCUAUGAUUUUGUCACUUAAACGUGGAUUGUUUGGGGGUAAUGUGGGCUGGCACUUCGUAGAUCACAGUUUUAGAGAAAUAGCAGGAUUUUGAUGAUUUAAGAUUUCACACAUAAAAUUUCUAAUUGUGUUGAGUAGUCACUUUUGAUGAUACAGUUUAACCAAACUGUGUUCGUGUGGUAACUUAAAAACACAUUUGAUAUCGUUUAUAGUUGUCUUCACUCGCCAAUUUUGCGUCCACUAGGCGACAAAUCAAAUCAUUAAAGGAUGUAGCUCAUUUAUUAACCCAGAAAGGGAUCGUAACCGUAUCAACUCGAGCCGGUCAGUAUUCUUUAUAUGAAACUCCAUACUGCAACGCACACUUAUCCGCACCGUAACGUAAACGCCUCGCGAUUGACAGCUCGCGAAAGGUGAUACUGUGUUGAUCCCUUUCCGAGUUGAUAAGUCUGCUAAAACCAGCUUGUUUUUUGGGAAUCAAUUUCUUAAAUUAUCAUGUUUUGUUUAUUUCUACAAAAGAUCUCUGGAAGUUGAUUUAGAAGUGCCAAAGAGGUGGUUUUCAUAUUUUACCAAUAUAAUAAUGGAUUUACGGUAUCAUUUUUAAGUUAAAUUAGUUAUUUAAUCUCAAUUAUGGUUAUUUUAUUAUUAUGCUUCCAAAAAAUAUGAAUUUGUGGUCAUGACUAAUAGCUUUUUUUGCAAUAUUUCAUUUGGAUUGAAAGAGAGAGACAGAUCGAUGAAUGUGUCAAUGUAUUAUCUUUUUCUGUGACAAUUGUACGGUUUUUAAUAUCUUUAACAGCAUUUUUAGUUGGUCAGAUGCCGUCUCUUUCAUUCUAUAGAUGUAAAAAAGAGAUAAAAUUAAUGUUAGUUUAACAUACACUACAGAAUCACUAAAUUCCUAUUUCUAGUCCACUGGGAAUCGCAUUAUGGCUUUUUGCAAUACUUUUAACCUUUUAAAGGCUUAUUCUCAUAUUGCCACCACAUUUUUUACCUUAUCCCAUUGUGUUAAGGUCCAAAUUCAAUGAAAAUUACUUUCUGCGCCAGCUAAAGGGUUAAGCUCACGUUACUCUCUAAGGCUUAAGGAUUGUAUAUUUUUUCGUUUUUUUUCACGUCGGUACGAGGUUGCGUUUGAAAUGAUAUAGAUAAAUAUAGUUUGUUUUCUAUUAAUUAAUAGUUUGGCAUGUAUGUAUAGUUCGCGCAAAGAUAAUUGAGGCCAUCGACACAAGGAAAGAUUUAUCUGUAUACGCUGUCUUAGGUAGUCGCACUGACAAGUUUCUGUCUCGCUUGCAGACAUUUAGCAGAGCGAGAUAGCUAGUGUAUUCGAUAUUUGAAUGUGUUCUGUAUUCAAAUAUUACAUCAGUGUGAGUGCGUGUUUGCCUCAACUCUCGUUGCGCGAGCUAUAUCGUAUGAAUGUUGUACAGACGUACUUCAAUAUCUUUAGUUUAUGAUUUUAGAGGUCUGGGAUUAUUUGUAGCCCCAAAGCAAUCCUUAGUUAGACAAUGUGACAGUUGUAAUUUCGAGAUCGCUUCGCACCGGCGUUUUUUGUAUGUAUUUACGCUGUGUGAAGCGAUUUCGGUAUUAACCGUCAGUUGUCACUAAUGUAACGUUUUCCAGGCACAGUGUAGUCGUUAAAAUUUGCAACUUGACCUAUGUGCUGGGGGAAGUACAUUCAAUAUUCUAGAAUUCUUGGUACAUUUAUGUAUCGGCUAAAUGUAGACUCAACCUACGAAUUUUCAAAAUGGAUUUUUACUUCAACGACAACUCUUCAAUGAAGUCUAUUCUUAUUGCUCUUACCAGUUGUCGCCACUGUAGAAUAUAAUUACGCGCGAGCGAUAAGGAUGGGUAGCUUGGGGUCAAUGGACAAAAUUCUACGUGCUCGCAGACCAGACUAUUGAUUCAAAUCAUCCCAGACCCAUGUAGUCUAAUGAUAUUAUCAUUGAACAUGCACUUACAAUUAAGUUUGAUAUAUUUUGGUGUUGAAAUAUACCUAUUGUAUAAUUAUAAAUCGGAACGACUCAAUUAUUGGUCGCUUCUUAACAUAGAGCUAAUGUUUGUCUGCGAGGGAGUAAUCAAUGUUAAAUAAAAACGCCUUUUAUUCUAAA